AUGAAAACUGCCCUGCUUUUCCUCGCACUCGCCGCCGUCGCCGCCGCCGCCUCACCCUUCCAGCCCCAGCAGGACAAUGCACAGAUUUGCAAAAUUUGCGAGGAUGUGGUCGGCGCCGCCGAAAAAGAGGGAGGCAAUGAUGUCAAGGGUUUUCUCGAGAAGGAGAUCGCCACCGAGUGCGGCAAAACCGGGCUGCUGAAGAAGGUUUGCGAGAAGGCGUUUGAUGAGAUCGUCGAUGACCUUGUCAAGCUCAUCCUGGCCAAGGAGACGCCGGAAGUCGCCUGCAAACAGGUGCAUCUGUGC